AGCAAGCCGACAUCCGCUUCCGAUUUGCGGGGCGGUCCUCCCGGCGCCGGUGGCGCCGCUAGUGCCGCAUCUGCCCCUGGGCUGAGAGGGGCCGAAAGCCUUCGGAAGGGCCAUAGAGUCGUGGUGCGGUAGAGCGGCCCUCCCUUGGCCCAGAUUUCUCUGCAUUGCCUGGGAGACGGGAGAGCCCAGGGCGGGGGUGUCUUCAGACGGGGUCAGGCCGAGGUUUUCCACAGGGAGAAAGCUUGAAUUGUCUCGUCUUCCCCGCCGCCUCCAUUCUGACCCGUGACUUCUGACUCUGCGAAGCCUUUUCCUUGGAGAACUGGCCUCCCCUUGGCCUCUCUGACCUCCUUGCCUUUGUGACCUUUGAACCCAGUCCAUGUAAGCUUCUCUCCCAAAGGACUUCCAUUCUUUUCUGUUCCUCCUUCCCUCCAAGGAGCGGCUCUCUUCCUAGGUCUGUUCUUCAGAUCCACCCUCGACUUAACCUAACGUUUCAGAUUUUCUGUGCCCGAUUUCGUCUCUUCGAGAAGCUAUUUGAAAACGAAGCUUUCUUACCCUCCCGUCUGCCAAUAUUCCCCCGUUUUUUAAAGAAGGGCACUGGCUAUGCCCCCUGGCUGGGGGAAGUGGGGAGGCUGAAACGCUUACUGGGGACCCGGGGGGGGAGGGGGACUCCAGUGUUGGUCUGGCUGUUCACAGAUCUGUUGGUGUGAGCCCCAACCUUUCUGUGGCCUGGAAGAUCGAAAUUUCUCUUACACUAUCUAGGUAAUUGGUUCCAUCAUCAACUGUUUAUCAUCAAGGCAUCAAAAGAAUAUUUUCCCUUUGUUUGUUGCAGGAUUUGUGUCCAGAAAUACAGGCCAAAACAUUUUUCAGGUCGUGUCCCGGAAUGGCUGCGAUGCCCAGAUGGAUGCUCAGAGAGUGCCUGGCCAGCUAGGAACUUCAAGCAAGUGUCACAGGAGCAGAAGUCGCGGUCUGCCUCUUGUGAAGCAAACUAAGUUCCGUUCAGACUGGAUAUACAGGAUUCACUGUCUUAAGCAGUUGGUUAAAUUUGAUUUGCUUUAACCCAGAGAGCCCUUUUGGCUACCGUUAGCCUGGCUUAUUUCAAAGCCAUCAACAGAAAGCUUGGGGUACCGUACAAAUUGGCUCUCUCCCAUUCUCCACUCCACCAUCACCACCAUGUCGACGUCUUCAUUGCGCCGUCAGAUGAAGAAUAUUGUACAUAAUUACUCUGAAGCCGAAAUCAAGGUCCGGGAGGCUACAUCAAAUGACCCUUGGGGCCCAUCUAGUUCUCUCAUGUCUGAAAUUGCUGAUCUCACCUACAAUGUGGUAGCCUUCUCAGAAAUCAUGAGCAUGAUCUGGAAGCGUCUCAACGACCAUGGGAAAAAUUGGCGUCAUGUCUAUAAGGCUAUGACACUUAUGGAAUACCUAAUCAAGACAGGCUCAGAGCGGGUUGCACAGCAGUGUAAAGAGAACAUCUACGCCAUCCAAACACUAAAGGAUUUUCAGUACGUUGACCGGGAUGGCAAAGAUCAAGGGGUCAACGUGCGGGAGAAGGCCAAGCAGCUGGUGGCCCUCCUUAAAGACGAUGAGCGUCUCAAAGAAGAGAGGGUCCAUGCUCUUAAAACUAAGGAGAAGCUGGCCCAGACCGCAACCGCUUCUUCUGCUUCGUCAUCUUUGGCAAAUGCCCCAGUAGAAGCAGAGCAAGCAUGGCCCCAGAGCAGUGGGGAAGAAGAGCUGCAGCUACAGUUGGCACUGGCCAUGAGUAAAGAGGAAGCGGAGCAGGUAAGCGCCAAGCCCCCUGCAGUGGCCGACGAAGACCUACAGCUCCAGCUAGCCCUUAGCUUGAGCAAAGAGGAGCACGACAAGGAAGAGCGGAUCCGGCGGGGGGAUGACCUACGUCUCCAGAUGGCCAUUGAAGAGAGCAAGAAGGAGACGGUCCCUGCUAAGGAGGAGUCAUCUUUGAUGGACCUGACUGAUGUCUUUACUGCUCCACCACCUGCUGAUCCGUGGGGUGUUCAGCCUGCUCCUGCUGACCCUUGGGGUGGCUCUACCACAGUAGUGCCUGCAGCCCGCACGGACCUGUGGGGACCCCCUGCUGCUGGAGCAGCCCCUACAGGAGAUCCAUGGGGAACUUCUGCAGCACCUCCUGCACCCCCCUCGGACCCCUGGGGAGCGCCCCCAGCUGCUAGCGCUGAUCCCUGGAAAGCCGAAGGUGGGACUUCUGUGGGGCCCAUAACAGCACCACCCACAGACCCAUGGUCCUCCAGCACGGCUCCCACGCACCAAGGACAGCCUGUUCCUGAUCCUUGGGCUCCAGCAUCCACUUUUUCAGAUCCCUGGGGGGGCUCCCCUUCUAAGCCGAGCACCAACGGUGUGGCAGCUGCCAGAGGCUUUGAGCAGUUUGAUGACGGGGACAGGGAUGAAUUCUCUGAUUUUGACAGCCUGCGCCCAGCACUGCCCAAAUCUGGAAGCAGCACAGGUGAACUGUCCCUCUUAGCAGGGGAGGUCCCUGUCUCUCAGGUUGGCAGUGGCAAGGAGAGCCCCAAUACUUUUGACAUGGCUGCUGUGGCUGGGUCACUGCCAGAGACCUGCAAGCCGAUGCGUAAAACUCCCGAGUCAUUCCUGGGUCCCAACGCAGCCCUGGUGGAUCUGGACUCGCUGGUUAGCAAACCUGCUGCUCCAUCUAGCAGCACCAAGGCUUCCAACCCCUUCCUCCCUCCUGGUUCAGCUCCCACCCCACCUGCCUCGGCCACCAAUCCAUUCCAGGCAGCGGCAGCCACCCCGCUGUCACUCAAUCAACUCCGUGUCAGUCCAGUACUUCCGUUAUCACAGCCAGCGCCACCAGCAUUUCCUGCCACAGCUCCAAUGGUCUCCAUGUCCCCCAUGGCUCCCGGGAUGCCCUUAGCCUCUGUUUCCCCCAUGGUGGCGGUGCAGCCCUUGGGGGCUGUUCCCCCUCUGGGGCUCCCUGCCAUGGGGCUGCCCCCUCAGAGCCUGCCCCCUGCCGGCGUUGUUCCCAGCAGCACUUCGGCCUCCACCCUGGGGAGCACUAACCCCUUUUUGCUAUAACUGGGGGACCUUUGGCCAGGUGUUGACCACCUAAACAUCCCCUUUUGCCCUGUGUUCCCCAUUGGCAGUGGGGCCCUCCGAUGGCAGCCACCCAGCAGGGGCAGCUGAAUUGGGAUGGGAGGGAGGUGGAAGGAAAGGGAGGGACCCACGUCUUUGCAGGCCCUCCACCCCCAUGUUGGGAGGUCAGGAGAGUUUUUCUGAAAAUUGGUUUCCCCUUUCUCCCCAGGCCCGCUCUGCUGGGACCUGGAAAGAUCCUUUUCUAGUACCAAAGUCUAGGGAGCCACAGUGGCCACACCCAGCGACUAGUUCAACGGGGAGGAAUCUAUUCACUGAAGCAGAACUGGAGGAAGAGGGCUCUUCCCUAAAAGUGAUCUUUGAAUCCUUUCACUUUUUUUUUUUUUUUUUUUUGAGUACCUAUCCAGAUUUGGAUUUGGAAUAUUUAUAUUCCUUUAUUUUUGUUUUUGUUUCAUCAAUCUCUGUCUUCUCUUUUGUGGAAGAAGAGAAGAAAGGGAAAUGGCUAACUCCCUACCUCUGUGAUGUUCCAGAUGAAAUUCUUUGGGGAAAUGAAGACACAACCUUUUCAAUCAAUGGUUGUUUUUUUUUUCUCUAGGUAUUCCCCUUCCUUCUGAAUGUUUGUUGCAUCUUCUUCAACCUCCUUCUCUUCUCACAACCCCUUAGCUGGGACCAGUUUUUUCUGGUUUUUUGGGGAUUUUUUUUUUCCUCCUGAGGAAAUAGGGGUGGGGUGGGGGUGACAGGAACAAUUGGCACCUUAGAAUACAUCUCUCUCUGUUCUUAGGAUCAAGAGAAAUGCCACUAACUUAGUGCCAGAGACCAGGGCUGAGUCAUGCUCCUAGACCCCUCCCCCUUGUACACCCACUUUCUGCAAACAUUGGACCCCGAAAGAAUAUCCGUUUGCAAGAAAUGCAGGACCUUGCCAACCAACGCAUUGAGUGGAUCAAUGGUGGGGAGGGCCUUGAAACACUCAAUGCAACCUACUGUGAAGGGGGAAUCUGGAAACAGCUGAAGUCCGAGCGUUCUAAGAUGCUAGAAAGGCUUUAAAGGCAAAACUUCCCUUGCUGGACCACGACUUGGAAGGCUUUCUUGGCCCGUGUCUUGCAAGCCCUGAAAGAAUGGAGCCCCUGUUGGAUUUUGAAACAGCGGGAUCUAAAAUUAUCUGUCCUGGUCUGCGGGCCACGGCCAGCUCAAUCGAGGAGACCGAGGAAUUUACUGAGAACAAUGGGACUCGGAUGCCGAGCAGAAUUGAGACACCCACCUGGCGUUGCUCUUCCUGCAUCUGGUCCAGUGGCCUUCCAGGCACAGCCUGCGUGGCAGCAUCUUUCCGUGUCUUUGAGCCGAGGGAGGCACAGGGGAUGUUGGGUGGUCACUUUUACCCCUUCUACAGCAGCAGCAGCAGCUUGUGGAGGAAGGGAGUCAUGGCUGUGUGUGUUUGUGAGUGUGUGUGUAUGUGUAUGUGUUGCUGCUUUUCUGAAUUUCUCUUUGAUGCUGGGGAGGGGCACUCGUUAGCACCCAGGACAAUCUGUUCGGCCUUUCUUUUCUCCCCCUUUUUUCCUCCAAAUAAAUUCUUGGAAUGUGUUUCCUAUGCCUCCCUGCCCCCCCCCAUCAUGCUGGGGUUGAUUUUUCCUUUUGCCCCAUAUCAGUAUAUUUGAAUCAUUGUGUCAUUUGUUGGGGGUGGGGAGUGAUUUAGCCGUGUGUGAUCCUCCCCCUUGGCUCAGUCCCCCUGCCUCCCAUUUCCCUCUCCCAGGUUCCUAACCGAUUCUGGUAUGCUUCAGAAAAAAAUGCUAUUAAUGAAUUGAAAUAAAUGGAAAUUCUUCUAUGGCA